ACUAAACACUUCACUCCCACGUGUGAUGGAACUUCCUUUAUUCUUUCGCAAAAUUACUCUCGAAUUUGAUUGCAUUUACUCAUGGGCGGCCCGUUUGGCGAUCUAAAGACUAGGUUGGUCAACAAAAUCGGUCAACCGAUCGGUUUCGAAGUUGAUGGCGGGAGUUGUCCGCUCCGAGGCCUGCCACCUGGCAAAUCUCGGAGCGUGUCACUCUCUCGCAUGAUCAAGCUAUGUAAAGAGCGCGGAUCGGCCGAAUGGCCAAUCCGCGUACUGAUCAAUGGCCGUUUUCACGGCAUGUGCUUGCAUCCGAGUCAUAUCUUGAAGAUGACGCGGAUUGUGUUCCGAUAUAAAUUCAGAGAUGACGGUUCGAGCGUGCCGAUUGCUGAGGGAAUCGGCGAGACUUUCUUUAACCGUGUAUUUGGUUGCUGCAUUAGCUGGGGCAAGAGAACCUAUGUUGAAAUAGCCGAAGCUGAUUCAACAAGGAGAAGGCUAAUUACGAGAAGGUCUCAACGUCCGAACAUAAUCGCACCACCAGUCAUAAAUGGGAACAAUUUACCAUUAAGCAGGGUUCGAGAUCCUGAGACAAAGCCACUCGAAAAUAGGCUCCAAUUGAGGCAAGAAAGCUGGAGGAAGAAGUUCAUCCUUGCAUUUCCAUCAAGGAAUAUCAGAUUCCGAUUGCUGUGGAAUGGUGGCGGAGUGGUGGCCGGUGGGAAAAGAAGCUGCGAAAACUCGAAUUUGUCGGCUGAGAGUCGGAAGAAGAAGCUUCACCGGCUGUUUUCUAUUCGAAGAAGGGAUAAGUGUAAUCGAUCCAUCCUCUUAGUGCUGGCCUUCCUUUUGGUUGGUUCCGUGCAUUUGUUGUACAAUUAAUUAUUUUACUUGAUUAAGGGUAUGUAAUUAAACAUAAGAU